AUGCAGGCGCGCCGCCAGCGGAGCGUGAGCCUCAAGCCCGACGACACGCUUGGCGAUCCAGACAGGAGGAGCGCACCAUCAUCAUCCGCUGCGACGCGAGGGGGAGCCAGGCGGGACCUGGACGACGUCGAGAGCCUGCUCAGCUCCCUGAGGCUGCAGCAGGACGAGGAGGAGAAGCGGGACAGAGAGGCGUUCGAACAGCGGAACCGCAAGCUGUGGGACAACAUCGAGGCUGGUAUUCGGGCCGCAGAGCAGGUGCGAGAGAAGGAGGCACAGGAAGAGGCGGCGAGGCUGCGGGCCGCGCGAGCUGCACAGGAGGAGGCUGAGCGAAGAGCACGAGAACAACGCGAGGAGGAGGAGCGCAAGAUCCGCGAGGAAAACGAGGCGAAAGAGGCAGCGAGACGCAAAGCCGAGGAGGAGGCCAGGCAGGAGGAGGAGAGGCUCAAGGCGGCCGAGCGGGAGCGGAGCCUGGGCGGCGCCACGCUGCGCCUCGAGGCCAAGCAGGAGUACGAGCGAUGGUGGGCCAAGAUGAGCCACAUCAAGACAGACGUCCUGCCACUCGUCUCGGCCAACAACGAGUGGCGGAAGCAGUGCUUCCAGGCCAAGCGGCAGAUUACCCGUGGUGUCAGCCAGCUCACCAAUUCUCGGCAAGAGAUUGUCAGAGUCACUGAGUCGAUUGGCAAUGUGCUGACGCUCGCCAAGGGUGCCUCGCCCAACGGCGAGAUCUACACCUGGAUCCUCAAUCACCUGAGCAAGUGCCUCAUCCGGCAGGCCGAGCAGGAGGUGGCCGCCAAGCAGGACACGGCCUUUCCCCUCGCCCGCAUCGUCUCCUUUCUCCUCCUCCAGGGCCAUGCCGAGCUCGGCGACGUGCUCAUGGCUCGCCUGACAAAAAAGUGCCCCUGGGUGCUGGGCUACUGCCCCGUGAAGCGAGGCGACAUGGACGACGCUGCCUAUGCCAAGCUCGUCGGCCGAGCCGGGCUCGACGAGGCCUCGCUGCAGUUCACCUCGCGCAUGUGCGGCAUCCUCGCCUUUUACGCCGCCGUCGCACAGACGGACCCCGACAGCGGCUCUCCUGCGGGCCAGGGCCAGGGAUACGACAAAAUCCCACCGGCCUUUCGACCCGCUGCGCUGUGGACGUGGAUGGCCCGCAGCGUGACGCCGCCCAUGACGGACCACGCCCUCAUCCCGGCGCUGUGGUCGACGAUCAUCGAGGUGGCCGGGCCCAAGCUGCUGGCCAUCUACGGCAAGCAGUGCGCAAAGGUCUGGACCCUGCUGCUUGACGUGGGCAUCCGGCAGAAGAAGGCCGGCUUUGCCGACGACGAGACGGCCAAUGCCGCUCGGACCCGCCUGCUCCUCCUCCUCGAGGACUGGAAAAAGAAGGGGGGCACGACGGUGAGCGGUGCCACGGGCGGCCGCGAGAUGGCGCUGCCGUGA